AUGGCUCAUUAUGACUCGUUGGAUGACAAGGACUCUCUGGAUAUUCAUGACAACCCACCUCUCCCUGAUAAUGUGGUGAAAGAGGAGGACAACACGGUAUAUUUCAUUUAUGAUGAGGAGGUGGAAGAGGAAGAGAAAGAGGAAUCCCGUCCUUCAGAACCCGUCAAACCAGUCAACGACCGACCCCACAAGUUCAAGGACCACUACUGCAAGAAACCAAAAUUUUGUGACGUCUGCGCGCGCAUGAUAGUUUUAAACAAUAAGUUUGCAUUGCGAUGUAAGAACUGCAAAACCAGCAUCCACCACCAGUGUCAGUCCUAUGUCGAGUUCCAGAGGUGUUUUGGCAAAAUUCCUCCAGGAUUCAGACGAGCCUACAGUUCUCCUCUCUACAGCAGUCAGCAGAAUGCCACAGUUUCACAGCUGCUGCCCUUUUCACAGUCAAACCGCACUGACCCUGUGUUUGAGACGCUGCGUAUUGGUGUGAUCAUGGCCAACAAGGAGCGUAAAAAAGGGUCCGACGACAAGAAGAAUAUGAUGAUGAUGAUGGACGAUGAUGAGUCCCAGCCCAAACAGGAGGAUGGAGGAGGUGAAGGAGCAAACACAGAAGGAGAUAAGAGAGGAGACAAGACUCCUGCAGAUGACAAGAGUAAAAAGCUUCAGCCAGGGAAGAUCGGCGUGUUCAGUCAGUCUCACUACUAUCUGGCACUGUACCGCUUCAAAGCCAUAGAGAAAGAUGAUCUGGAUGUUCAUGCUGGUGACCGUAUCACAGUGAUAGAUGACUCCAAUGAGGAAUGGUGGAGGGGGAAGAUCAGAGAGAGAACGGGCUUCAUACCAGCCAACUACAUCAUCCGAGUGCGAGCAGGAGAGAGGGUCUACAAGGUGACACGCUCUUUUGUUGGCAACAGAGAGAUGGGCCAAAUCACUCUAAAGAAAGACCAGAUUGUGGUGAAGAAGGGUGAGGAGGUAAACGCCUACCUGAAGGUCAGCACAGGACGGAAGAUCGGCUUUUUUCCCACCAACCUGCUGCAGGAGAUCUGA